AUGCCCACGGAGUCGUGCCUGAACCAGGGGAGGUGUGAGGCCACUCCCGAUGGGAACGGAGAGUGCAAGUGCCGGGAUGGAUAUGUCGGAAGCAGGUGCCAGUUUCACGACCCCUGCAACAACGCGCCGUGCAUGAAUGGCGGCACGUGCCGCUCCUUCUCCAGGGGCAACACGGUGGACUUCAACUGCAGCUGCCGGGCCGGCUACACGGACCGCCGCUGCCUGACCCCCGUCAACGCCGCCUGCCUCAGUUCUCCGUGUCGCAGCGGCGGGACCUGCGAACCGGAGGGGAAGGACUGCGGCAAAGCCGACGCCUGCGCCUCCAACCCCUGCGCCAACGGCGGGAGCUGCUCCUCUUGGGAGUCUCUGUUCGUCUGCAGGUGCACGCCGUUCUUUUUCGGCCCGACCUGCAAACAGGACGUCAACGAGUGCGACGCCAGCCCGGCGCUCUGCAAAAACGCCGGCACCUGCGUCAACGAGGUGGGCGGCUACCGGUGCCUGUGCCCGCCCGAGUACAAGGGCAGGCACUGCGAGAGCCGCUAUCUGCCCUGCAACCCGUCGCCCUGCAGCAACGGAGGCACCUGCAUUCAGAAGGGAGACACCAGCUACGAGUGCUCCUGCGUGCCAGGUUUCACGGGGAAAAACUGCAACCACAACAUCGACGACUGUCCAGGCCACGAGUGCCAGAAUGGAGGGACCUGUGUGGACGGAGUGAACACCUACAACUGCCAGUGCAAACCAGAGUUCACAGGCCAGCUCUGCAUGGACGACGUGGACGAGUGCCAGCUCAUGCCCAACGCCUGCCAGAACGGCGGCACCUGCCACAACACCUACGGCGGAUACCAGUGCGUGUGCGUCAACGGCUGGACCGGCGACGACUGCAGCGAGAACAUCGACGACUGCGCCAGCGCCGCCUGCAACCACGGCUCCACCUGCCACGACCGCGUGGCCUCCUUCUACUGCGAGUGCCCCCACGGACGCACAGGUCUGCUCUGCCAGCUGGACGACGCCUGCAUCAGCAACCCGUGUCAGAAAGGCUCCAACUGUGACACCAACCCCGUGAGCGGGAAGCACUUCUGCAACUGCCCCUCGGGCUACUUCGGCCCCUCCUGCGACCAGGACACGGACGAGUGCGCGCUAGGCUCCAACCCGUGCGAGCACGCGGGGAAGUGCAUAAACACCAAGGGCUCGUUCCAGUGCAAGUGCCAGCGGGGUUACGUCGGCCCGCGCUGCGAGCUGGACGUCAACGAGUGCCUGCCCAACCCCUGUCAGAACGAGGCCACCUGCCUGGACCAGAUAGGAGACUUCAGCUGCAUCUGCAUGCCAGGCUACGAGGGGCAGUUCUGCGAGAUCGAUACGGACGACUGCGCUCACAGCCCCUGCCUGAACAACGGCAAGUGCAUCGACAAGAUCAACAGCUACGUCUGCCAGUGCCCCACAGGUUACACCGGCCGCCACUGUGAGACGGACAUCAACGAGUGCUACUCGGACCCCUGUCACUACGGCAACUGCGUGGACGGCCUGGCCUCCUUCAGCUGCCACUGCCAGCCCGGCUUCACGGGGCGGCUGUGCGAGACCAACAUCAACGAGUGUCUGAGCCAGCCGUGCAGGAACGGGGGCACCUGCCAGGACCGGGACAACGCCUACGUCUGCAGCUGCCCAAAGGGCACCACAGGCGUCAACUGCGAAAUCAACAUCGACGACUGCAAGAGCAACCCCUGCGACUACGGGACCUGCAUCGAUAAGAUCAACGGCUACGAGUGCGCCUGUGAGCCCGGAUACACGGGAACCAUGUGUAACAUCAACAUCAACGAGUGUGCGGUCAACCCCUGCCACAACGGCGGCACCUGCGUGGACGGCAUCAACGGCUUCACCUGCGUGUGCCCCCGCGGUUACCAGGACAACACCUGCUUCUCCCAGGUCAACGAGUGCCUCAGCAACCCCUGCGUCCACGGCCACUGCGAGGACAAGAUCAACGGCUAUAACUGCCUGUGCGACUCCGGCUGGAGCGGUAAAAACUGCGACAUCAACACCAACGAGUGCGAGUCCAACCCCUGCAUGAACGGCGGCACCUGCAAGGACAUGACCAGCGGAUACGUGUGCACCUGCCGCGGGACGUGCAUCGACGAUGUGGCGGGCUACAUGUGCAACUGCGUCCUGCCGUACACGGGAGAGAACUGCGAAACCCUGAUGGCCCCCUGUAGCUCUAAGCCCUGCAAGCACGGAGGAGUUUGUCAGGAGUCAGAGGACUACCUGAGCUUCUCUUGUGCUUGUCCUGAAGGAUGGCAAGGCCAAACAUGUGAGGUGGACAUCAAAGAGUGCGUGAAGAAUCCCUGUCUCAACGGAGCAACGUGCCAGAACACUUUGGGCAGCUACCACUGUGGCUGCAAACCGGGCUUCACCGGCCGAAACUGCGAAACCAACAUCGACGACUGCAAGCCCAACCCCUGCAGCAAUGGCGGCGUCUGUCGGGAUGAGGUGGACAGCUUCCUGUGCACCUGCCUGCCCGGCUUCCGGGGGACCAAGUGCGAGGAGGACAUCAACGAGUGCGAGAGCAACCCGUGCCGGAACGGAGCCAACUGCACCGACUGCGUCAACAGCUACACCUGCACCUGCCCGCCGGGCUUCAGCGGGAUCCACUGCGAGAACAACACCCCCGACUGCACCGAGAGGUUCGUAAGGAGCAUCCAGGGUGACCAGUCCGCUGCUGCCCCCUCUGGUGGCGCGCUGAUACGCGGCAGAAAGGCUCUGAGGGGUCUGAGUCGUCUGCUAAGCGAGCAAUAUGAAUCCCCCUCUCUUCAGUCUCAGAGAAAAAACGCAUUCAAACCUGCUUUUUUGGGUCCUUCUUCCGCCCUGUCCCCCCCCCCCCCCACCACCCCCUCCUCCAAGGGCGCCCCCGCGGGGGCCGCCUCAACCCCCUUCACCUGCGUGUGCCCCCCCGGCUUCACCGGGAGCUACUGCCAGCACGACAUCAACGAGUGCGACUCCAGGCCCUGCCUGAACGGCGGCACCUGCCAGGACAGCUACGGCACCUACAAGUGCACCUGUCCGCACGGUUACACGGGAAUCAACUGCCAGAACCUGGUCCGCUGGUGCGACUCCUCGCCCUGUAAGAAUGGAGGUUCCUGCUGGCAGACGGGCACAGCCUACAGCUGCGAGUGCCAGACCGGCUGGUCCGGCCUGUACUGUGACGUCCCCAGCGUGUCCUGCGAGGUGGCGGCCAAACAGCGAGGUCAGACAGAGUUUGCGGGGAACGAAUUCCCGAGCGCCAUCAGGCUAGACUCACGCUCUCUCUCCCCGUCUCUCUUUGUGGACGGCUUCUCUCUCUCUCUCUGCUCAGGAGUGGACGUGUCCCAGCUGUGCCAAAACUCCGGCCGGUGUCUGGACGCCGGAAACGUCCACUACUGCCACUGUCAGGCCGGAUACACGGGGAGCUACUGCGAGGAACAGGUGGACGAGUGCACGCCCAACCCCUGCCAGAACGGAGCCACCUGCACAGACUUUCUGGGCGGAUACACCUGCAAGUGCAUGCCAGGCUUCUUGGGGACCAACUGCUCUGUGGAGAUCAAUGAAUGCUUCUCUCAGCCGUGCCAGAACGGGGGCACCUGCAUUGACCUGAUCAAUACCUACAAAUGCUCCUGUCCCCGGGGAACCCAAGGUGUGCACUGCGAGAUCAACAUGGACGACUGCAACCCGUUCACCGACCCCGUCACCAAAGAGCCCAAGUGCUUCAACAAAGGCAAGUGCGUGGACGGAGUGGGCGGCUACCACUGCAUCUGCCCGGCGGGGUACGUGGGGGAGCGCUGCGAGGGCGACAUCAACGAAUGCCUGUCCAACCCCUGCGACCCCCGGGGCACGCUCAGCUGCAUCCAGCUGACCAACAACUACCACUGCGAGUGCCGCACCGGAUACACAGGUCAGCGCUGCGACAUGGUGUUCGACGGCUGUAAGGGGAAACCCUGCCAUAACGGAGGGACGUGCGCCGUGGCCAGCAACACGCCGCACGGCUUCAUCUGCAAGUGCCCCCCUGGCUUCACCGGCUCCACUUGUGAGUACGACUCUCAGGCCUGCGGCAGCCUUCACUGUCGCAACGGGGGGACCUGCGUCUCGGGCCACAAGAGCCCCAGAUGCCUGUGUCUGCCCUCCUUCACGGGCUCCGAGUGCCAGCUCUCCGGCGACAGCCCGUGCGGCUCCAGCCCGUGCUACAACGGCGGCACGUGCCGCCACGCCGCCGAUCCGCCCCACUACCACUGCCUGUGCCCCGCCGGCUUCAACGGCCUGCGCUGCCACUUCCUGGACCACGGCUUCCCCGGGGGCCUGGGCGAGAACGUGCCGCCGCCGCCGCCGGCGCCGCCCACCGAGCUGGAGGCGGCCUGCGACGUGCCGCAGUGCGAGGAGCACAGGCGCAACCAGCGCUGCGACCAGGCCUGCAACAACCACGCCUGCGGCUGGGACAACGGCGAUUGCUCGCUCAACUUCGACGACCCGUGGAAGAACUGCUCGGCGCCGCUGCAGUGCUGGCGCUACUUCAACGACGGGAAGUGCGACCCGCAGUGCGACAGCGCCGGGUGCCUCUACGACGGCUUCGACUGCCAGAACCUGGAGGGCCAGUGCAAGGCUGCAACAAUGCAGAGUGUGGCUGGGACGGCCUGGACUAUCGCCGUGGGCCAGCUGGUCCUGGUCGUCCACAUCACGCCCGAGCACCUGCUCAACAACUCCUACGGGUUCCUGCGCGAGCUGAGCCGCGUUCUGCGGACCAACGUCAUCUUCAGCAAGGACGCCGCGGGCCAGAUGAUGGUCUACCCCUACUACGGGAAAGAGCACGAGCUGAAGAAGUACAACGUGAAGCGCUCGGCGGACUCCUGGUCGGAAGCCCCCGGAAAAGUGCUGGACGUGGUCAAGAGGAGCCUGUACGAUGUGGGAGGCGGCAGAGAGAGGCGAGUCCGGAGGGAGCUGGAUAACCUACAGGUCAAAGGCUCGAUCGUCCACCUGGAGAUGGACAACCGGCAGUGCUUCCAGCAGUCCACCGAGUGCUUAGAGAGCAGCGACGAUGCGGCGGCUUUCCUGGCGGCUAUGAAGUCCAGCGGCAAGCUGGACGUCCCCUUCCCCAUUGAGGCCGUUUACAGCGGCGGGGAGCGCAAGCCCUCAGAGGGGCUCUACACGGUCUACUUGGUGCUGGGCGGCGUGGGGAUACUGGCCUUCCUGGGAGUGGGGAUGGUGGCUGCCCGGAGGCGGCGCCACGAGCACGGCCGUCUCUGGCUCCCCGAGGGCUUCAAGACCACAGAGACCAACAAGAAGAAGAGACGGGAGCCUGUCGGCGAAGAUUCGGUGGGAUUAAAACCACUGAAAAACACCUCGGACAUUUCACUCAUGGACGACACCCCGAGCGAAUGGGUGGAGGAUGAGCCCAUGGACGCAAAGCGCUUUAAGUUUGAUGAGCAAGCCGUGCUGGACGUGGAUGAUCAGACUGACCACCGCCAGUGGACCCAGCAGCACCUGGAUGCUGCCGACCUCCGCAUCCCCUCCAUUGCUCCCACACCCCCUCAGGGCGAGAUUGAGAAUGACUGCAUGGAUGUCAACGUGCGGGGGCCAGAUGGAUUCACGCCCCUGAUGAUCGCCUCCUGCAGCGGAGGCGGGCUGGAGACGGGCAACAGCGAGGAAGAGGAGGACGCUUCGGCCAACGUGAUCAACGACUUCAUCUACCAGGGCGCCAACCUGCACAACCAGACCGACCGCACCGGGGAGACGGCGCUCCACCUGGCCGCCCGCUACGCCCGCUCCGACGCCGCCAAGCGCCUGCUGGAGGCCAGCGCCGACGCCAACAUCCAGGACAACAUGGGCCGCACGCCGCUGCACGCCGCCGUGGCCGCCGACGCCCAGGGCAUCCUCAUACGGAACCGCGCCACAGACCUGGACGCCCGCAUGCAUGACGGCACCACGCCCCUGAUCCUGGCGGCCCGGCUGGCGGUGGAGGGCAUGGUGGAGGAGCUCAUCAACUGCCAUGCCGACGUGAACGCCAUCGACGAUUUCGGUAAAGACGCCGCCCUCGGCUCGGCAGCCGUCGGGGGUUUGAACAGUGCACCUUAUGGGGGCUUCAUGCUUUCUGCCCUCCUCCCCUCAGGAAAGUCGGCCCUGCACUGGGCGGCGGCGGUGAACAACGUGGAGGCCGCCAUCGUGCUCCUGAAGAACGGCGCCAACAAAGACAUGCAGAAUAACAAGGAGGAAACCCCUCUGUUCCUGGCUGCGAGGGAAGGAAGCUACGAGACUGCCAAGGUGCUGCUGGAGCACUUUGCCAACAGAGAGAUAACCGACCACAUGGACCGCCUGCCCAGAGACAUUGCCCAGGAGAGGAUGCAUCACGACAUAGUGCGGCUUCUGGACGAGUACAACCUGGUACGAAGUCCCCCGAUGCACGGGGGGUCCCUCAGCACCACGCUGUCGCCCCCUCUGUGCUCUCCCAACGGCUUCCUGGGCGGCAUGAAGCAGCCCCCGCCGCAGAGUCAGGGCCAGGGCAAAAAGGCCCGCAAGCCCAGCUCCAAGGGAAUCGGCUGCAAAGACGGCAAAGACAUGAAGGUGAAGAAGAAGAACUCCCACGACGGCAAGUCCGGAAGCCUCCUGGACAGCUCGGCGGUCCUGUCCCCGGUGGACUCCCUGGAGUCUCCGCACGGCUACGUGUCCGACGUGGCCUCGCCCCCGAUGAUGACCUCGCCCUUCCAGCAGUCGCCGUCCGUGUCCCUCAACCACCUGCAGGGGAUGUCCGACGCCCACCUGGCCGUCAACCACAUGGUGAUGCCCAACAAGCAGGAGCUGGCCCGGAUGCAGUUCGACCCGCUGCCCCCCCGCCUCACCCACCUGCCCGUGUCCGGCUCCGGGCCGGGUCAGGGGCCCAUGAACGGCCAGUGCGACUGGCUGUCCAGGAUGCACGGCGGCCUGGGCCAGCAGGGCCAGUUCAACCCGCUGAGAGGCGCCCACCAGGCCGGGCAGCACGGGAUGAUGAGCGCCGGCCUCCACAACGGACACCCCAACUCCGGCCUGUCCCAGAUGAUGAGCUACCAGGGGAUCCCGGGCGGUAGGAUGGGGGCUCAGAACCACCUGAUGCAGCAACAGCAGCAGCAGCAGAUGCAGCAGAUGCAAAACCUGCAGCAGCUGCAGCAGCAGAGCAUCCAGCUGCAGCACCAGAACUCCAACCCCCCCAGCGGCCAGAACUUCAUCAGCCGGGAGCUGAGCUCCCCGGAGCUGCAGCAGGGCUCCGGAGGCUCCAGCCUCCCCAUCCACACCAUCCUGCCCCAGGAGACCCAGAUCCUGCCCGGCUCCAUCGGCCAGUCCAUGCCCAGCGCCCAGUUCCUCACCCCGCCCUCCCAGCACAGCUACUCCGGCCCCAUGGACAACACGCCCAGCCACCAGGUCCAAGUGCCCGACCACCCCUUUCUGACCCCGUCCCCCGGCUCCCCCGACCAGUGGUCCAGCUCCUCUCCGCAUUCCAACAUGUCCGACUGGUCAGAGGGCAUCUCGAGCCCCCCGACCAGCAUGCAGUCUCAGAUGGGACACAUACCGGAACAGUUCAAAUAG